AUGGUGGAAGUAAAUCUCAAAGUAUUAGUGGUUUUCGGGAUUGUUUUAAGUUCAGCUUUUGCUGACAAUCCUUGCCUUAAAGGACCUCCCAUUCCCAAGAAUGCGGCAGAAUGUUGCAUUACUCCAGCGUUAGUAGAACCGAGUGCGUUCAUGGCCUGCCAUUCGAAGUGGAUCAGUCAAACCAAGCGCCAAAUGACGAUGGAGGGUAUACCGAGGGGAUGCUGCGUAGCCGAGUGUGUUAUGAACUCGACAAAGCUGUACUCCAACGGGAAGAUCGAUCGAGAGGCUCUUACCAAGCUGUAUGUGGAUUCGGCCAAACCGAUGGCUCCUGAGUGGAAGCAGAUCACGCUGGAUUCCAUUGAUGCGUGCUUUAAGAUGGCUGAUUCGAUGAAGGAAGAAAUCGACGCUGGCGCAUUGCUGAAACCGGCGUUCGAGGGUGAACAGAUCUGCCAUCCGAUUUCGGGGACGAUUUUGGCCUGCAUGGGUAUGACGCUGUUCGCCGAAUGUCCCGCCAGACUUUUCACCGUCAAUGCGGACUGCAAUAAAUUGAAGGAGUAUCACAGCCAGUGUCCGUUUUUGUAA